GCUCCUACGCGCGCGCGCGCACUCGCUUGACGCCGCACGCAGCGUAAGGGCACUUUGAGGCUUUGGGGGCUCUUCUUUUUCUCUUUUCCCCCCCUCUCCCCUCGUUUUCGUCGUCUGCGGAGGUGAGUGAGGAAGAAUAUUUAUGUUGGGGAGAGCGGGGGGAGAACUGUACCCUCCGGGUCCAAAUGUGUGUGUGUGUGUUGAGAACAAAAGUGCUAGUUCUGCAGGUGAAUCCCAAAAGGUGAAUGGGGACGAGCGAGGCGUCUGUCCCAAAGACGAAGAGAACAUCCCGAAAACAGGAGGCACGGCAGAGGUGACACCCCCCCUCCGCUUUUAUAUUGACGAGGGCAAUUUGAUUCAUUUGCCACCCAUGGGCCUCGCACUGCCACAAGCCCGGGCAUUUCGACACCAGGAGAAGCUAAGGAAGAUCUCUAAACCGGUUUAUUUGAAAUCUCAGGAUGAAAUUUCAUAGCUCCUGAUCCAGCUGCAGGUUGAUAUCGUCUUAAGACUACCUGACUGAUGCACUUGGCAUGCAUGACUACAGGUGAAAAGGAAAUUGGUACGGUUACCACCAGGUGAUUUUUUUUUUCAAGGUCGGGAAUCCACUUGAUCCCAAGGAGAGACGACAAGGAGGAGCUAAACCUGCCUUGUGUGAAAGAAAGCAGCAUUGUGGGAAAAUAAAAAUAUGUGGUA